UGAUGCACCAUCAGUGAGGAAGGGAUCCCCAGCUUGGCUGUCAUGUUACUUUUCUGAAAAUGUCGGAGAAAGUAAAAGAGAUUUCUCUAUAUACCAUGUCUCUAGUCAAGGCUCCAAAGAGUCGGUACUGAACUGCACCUGGAGUCCAGGCACUUUGACAUGUCACACUUUACGUGACUACCAGUUUGACAGAAGAAAUAACCAACACUGCCACAGUGAAGAUACCAAGGUGUCAGCCAGUCAUACGGUACCUACUCCUGUCAACUGGCAGGUGCUGCACCACGUGACUACGAGUCCUGCGUGUUUAAUUUCGACCAAGGACAAGCCACCUCCUGUAACAUCCCGCCUGUCAAGCUGAUGGAGCCGGCGACAUUAACCUGCGACUUUAGUGUCGACAUCAACAAAACGAAAACAAACUUUAACAUCGUCCACUUCAGUGAUCAGAGUAAAGCAGGUGUUGAUGUGUUGAAGUGUGUCUGGCAACACGACGACCUGGUUUGUGACGUCACAUCGGGUUUAGAGUUCAGCCGCCCGGUGACUGACCAACUCGCCCUCACAAUUCCACGGGCAAACGACAGCCACGCUGGAAAAUAUUCGUGCCAGCUACAGAGAGCUACCAAUAAUGCCUCAUUCUGUGAAUUUAUUAUAGACUCAGAAAGUAACAGCAGCUUGUCUGUGGUUGUUGGUGUGCUCAUCCCACUAUCUAUUUUGGUGCUGAUCGCGGUGGGUGUCCUACUGUACCGCAGACAUCGAGUCAGAAAAAUACAUGAAAACUUUUCAUCUCAUGAAGAAGUCCUGCUAAUGCUACCUAUCCAAGCUACCGAUCAGACUACAGAAAGAUUGCAGGAAAGUCUAUCAGUCAGCAUCCAGACCAUGUACCCAGAUAUUCUCACCGCCUCCUAUUUCGUGCCUUCAGUCUACUUAAACAGAAACACAUAUGAAAACGAUGAGGUGGCGGGUGAGAAGGUUGUUGUCAUGGAAGCUAAAUCAGACGAAACACUGAGGCACGACCACGCCAUCCAGCACGUCCUCAACUGUCUGCGCCACCUGGCGGACAGAGACCAGCAGGCCAUGUUUGUCCUCUCACAGUUCACCUGUGACGACUACCUGGCUAGUGUUGACGAGCAGUUUGCCCACCACAAGCUGCCGAUGCCCUCUGACCUCACACGUCGUGACAAGGACUAUGAGAACUUUGAUGUACUCGUCGUCCACCGACAGUACGGUGUCGUGGUUGUGGUGGUGAAGGCGUCUGUGUGUACAGCAGACAUGGGGGUAGAGAUAAGAGACAAUGAGAGGGUUGUACAGGAUUUACGUGAAGCUGUCAAACAGUUGGAUGGAGCGGAGCGAAUGUUGAAGCAUCUCAUGGCGGAUGUGAAGCCUGAUAUUGCAAUACGUAAAACAUUGAUGUUACCGAACCUCUCUCUAAAAUCCUUGUCAGAAAUACUGGCAAAACAUCAAGACGUAGCGAAGGCUUUACGACACUGCACUGGGCUGACAGACUUGUCUGACAUGUCUGGGGAGUGUUUAUGUGCUGAUCAGCUCCACGGUGACAACAUGGUCGACCAGCUACAGAAAUGGCUUGGGGUUCAUCACACUUCGUUGGCUGAUUAUAGCCUCAGUGAAAACACUUACCAGACGAUUUUGUCCAGAUUCUGUGGUGCCGCCAGCAGACCGUACCUGACGCUGCCUGACGGUCGUCGUGUGUGUACACCAAGCUCACUGCAACAGGCCGUCAGUCUCACAGGCGAACUCUUCAACGGCGCCAUCAUCCACCCUGAACAUCAGCAACUUGUGACUGAAGCGCCACCUCGUGUCUUUCUGUCCGGACCGCCAGGGUCAGGCAAAACCACUUCACUGGUGCUGAUGGGGAGAAAGUGGCUGUCAGAGGGCCACAAGGUCUGUGUGCUCAGUACGUGGAGGGAGAAUCGAACAUCAUCAAAGUUGUUGCAUGACAUACUGAAAGAAUUUUCAGAAAGAAUGGACACGUCACACGCACCAAAAGACCCUCAAGUGUUUCCGCCACCGAUCAAAGUGGAGACUAAAAAUACAAAAAAAGACAUCGUGAUAUUUGAGGAAGUGGACUUUGAGAAAAAGGAGAUGAAAAAGAUCAUCAAGAAAGUAAAAGAUCUCGCAGCUUCAGGAGGCUUGUUCAUACUUGUUGAUGAUGCAGGCCCUUAUAGAGAAGAUCAACCACUGUUUAAGUCCUUUUGCGAGCAACUAGUUGCUGUCAAUCCGAAAUUGCAUCUUUGGGCGGCCAGCUGCCUUACUCACGAAACUCCGAACGGUUGGGAUGUGAAACAUUUUCAAAGGACUGUUUCCUGUCCACCUGCAAUACUUCGAGAAAAGAAUGUGUUGAUGUUAGCGCAGAAGAACGGAUGCAAAAGUCUUGUCAAGUGGGAUCCCGACAACAUAGGUGUGGCCCCUACAGAGGGCCUGCCAGUCAAGUAUGUCUAUCACCAUGGACAAGAUGUACAAGGUCACCGCCAUUGUUAUCCAUUUGCUUGUGAAAAGUGCUGUCAGGACGUCAUCACCUUAUUGAAAGCUUCUGGUUUGGAAACAGAUGCAAGAGACAUCGGUGACAACCGUCAGACCGCCUCUACGUCCACAACGAGCUCUGCAAACUGGGAAAGUGCCUCGACACCGAGACUUUACCCGACUGACGUGCUGUUAUUGGUUGAGCAUGAAGAUCUUAAAAACAUUAUUAAUACAAAUUUUUGUAAAAUUCUUAAAAGGUCUGGCUUUAGCGUACAAGUAGGGAAAAGUGUAGAGAGUGAUUUUUCGUCUCAAAUCGUCGGCCAUCAUUUGUGGAUUUCAAAUGCAACACAUUUUCGGGGCCUUAAAAGAAAAGUUGUGGUUUAUGUGGAGGGACGAGGACAGUCAAAUGUACCGCAAGAGUGGAUCAGACUUCGAGGUGUCACCAGCUGUACAUCUCAGCUCAUCUGGGUUAAGGACGCAGCAUCGUUUCAUCCAGAAGCAUAGUCAUGUAUCAGAAUGGGAUUAGGUGGAUUUUUUUCCAAGUAUUAAAGGCAUUUAUUUGAAA